AAGCGAAUGCUCCGCAUCGGCGUGCAGGCUACAUUAUGGCUUCGCAUGCAGGAGGAGAUGCUUGUAUCAGUUAUUCUCGCAAUUUUACAACAUAACCGACAUCCAUCCAUCCCUACAGACAAAGAUCAAGGAUGCCCCGCGCAGCCCCACUUUCAACGCCAUCCCCAGGCGAUCCAGACAGGAAGCGCGUGCUGAACGUGCUGGCACAGAGGAGAUAUCGCCAGAGAAAGAAAGAAAAAUAUGCGAUGUUGGAGAAGCAGGCGAAAUCGGCGUCCUCGGCGUCUUGCGAAUCGUCGUCUCCUGAAAGCGUGUCAGAAAUCAGCUCCGGCGAGACGCGUGAAAACACGUACUCCUCAGGAGUGCCGUUGACGAGCGUGCAGGAGAAUAUUCUCCGUUCAGAAGCUCCUGCCACGAUGACGACCAGCGAAGUGGAUUUUAAUCUAACUGCUUUGCUGGGUCCGACCGAUCUUAGCAACUGCUUUGACUUCUCAAACGAUCUAGUCCCAGAGAUAUCGCAUAGUAACUAUGAGGUAUAUCAGCCUGCACCUUCGCUUUCCAUGGACAUGGUCAUGGACAUCCCCGUGAUGAAGACUCUCAAGGCAGGCGCGCUGAUCGCCCAGGCUCUGGGCUGUGAACAUUUGCUCUGGGACCCGACAAGUCGUUGGACGAUUCCAACGCCAACGCUGCCUGGCCUCCCAGAGAACAUGCAGCCCACGCCCGCUCAACUGAGCAUUCCGCACCAUCCGUUGUUCGACAUUCUUCCUUGGCCGCAGCUUCGAACGAAACUCAUCUGCGUCUUCGCGCUGCCAGAGCAUCAGCGUCCGGAAAAUGCGCGUGAUCCGCUAGCGUUGAUGCAGGUCACGUACGACAUCGAAGACGAGAAGGAUGGGUUUCGUGUCAACGGCGAGGGGAGGGAAAAGGACGACUGGGAGAUAGGCGAGGCGUUCUUCAAGAACUGGUGGUGGGCGCUAGAUAGGCAGAUUGUGGAGUGCAGCAACGCUUGGAGGCAAAGAAGAGGUCAACCUCGGCUGGGUAUGAAGAACUAUUAAUAAGAAUUUUUUUUACCAUUUUAACGUAUAACGAGAGACGACUCUGGAUAUCGUUAGAACAAAUAUGUUACAAUACACAGAUUUAUA